AGGCUUGAAGGAUGACUUCCUCAGAUCUGGAACAAUUAUGCUUUUAUAUCAAUGAAAAGAUCGGCAAUAUCAAAAAAACACUGUCAUUAAGAAAUUGCAGUCAAGAACCUACCUUGACGACUAUAUUAAAUAAAAUAGGAGAUGAGAUUAUUGUAGUAAAUGAACUUUUAAAUAAAUUGGAAUUGGAAAUUCAGUAUCAAGAACAAACCAACAGUUCACUCAAGGAACUCUGUGAAUCUCUUGAAGAAGAUUACAAAGAUGUGGAACAUCUCAAAGAAAACAUUCCUCCCCAUUUGCCUCAAGUAACAGUGACUCAGAACGUUGUCAGUGAAUCAGAUCUUGAGCCUCAAGAACCGGUAAAGGUUGAGGAACCCGCUCCUACAAAGAAGCUUCCCAAAGAACAAAGAAUUAUUAAAGAAAUGCCAUUUGUAACGUCUGAUGAGUUUAAUGCCAUUCCUUCAUACAUGAAAUCCCGCUUAACCUACUGUCAAAUUAAUGAUGUUAUUAAAGAAAUGAACAAGGCAAUAAUUGGAAAAUAUAAGAUUGUACAUCAACCAAAAAAGUCUAUGAGUUCUGUGGCCAGAAAUCUCUAUCACAGAUUUAUGGAUGAAGAAACGAAGGAUACCAAAGGUCAUUAUUUUAUAGUGGAAGCUGACAUCAAGGAGUUCACAGCUUUGAAAGUUGACAAGAGGUUUCAUGUGAUACUGAAUAUUUUACGACACUGCCGGAGGUUAUCAGAGGUCCGAGGGGGAGGACUUACCCGAUACGUUAUCACCUGA